AUGGUAGCGAUUACACAUUUUAUUCAAUUUCAUGGAAGAUUUAUAGAAACAACGGUGACAAAUGAAGUUUCCAUUGCGAAGAAGUGGAUCCUCUCCGUACGAUCAGCAAUCCAAGAAGAUCAAACGGUGAUUGUCUCUCUAAACUCCAAGACCAAUCCUCAAGAUGAUGCAAAAACCGCAACACUUCAACUAUGCAUCGAGACCAAAUGUCUUAUACUCCAACUCCUUCAUAUGAACCAAAAAGCCAACCUCGGAGAAUGCCUUACUGAUCUAUUUCACGACGAGAGAUCUGUUUUCGUAGGGAUCGGUAUUGCGAAAACGGUCACGAGGCUUAACGGGCUAAUUAAAGUGGUUAAGAAAGUUGAUGUUCGUGAUUUGGUAAAGUUGAAUUAUCCUUUUAGUUAUGGUGUGAGAUCAAGACUUAGCUUGAAGGCUAUGGCUUUCGAGUUGUUGGGUUUUGGUUCGUGGAAACCGAAGAGGAAGAUUUGUUCAAGAGAUUUGGUUAAUGAAGUUCUUGAUGAAGAGGUGAUUAAGUUUUUGUCCGUUGAUGCUUAUGUUUGUUAUGAAAUUGGGUUUAAGAUGCUUUAG